AUGUGGUCUCGAGGAUUAUUUCUCGUUUGGUUUUUAACUUUGACUAUUCUAACAACACAAAGUCAUGUUAUUCAUAAACGAGGUAUACUUUCAAAAUUAUUUGGUGGUAGUAGUAAAUCGAAUCGUGAUGUUGAAGCUGAUAUGUCACCACGUGAACGAUCAAAGUUUCGUGAAUUACUUAAAAAUCCAAUAGUUAUUUCAAUGCUCAGUGCUGCUGUUGGUAUGGCCAUUCAACAAGCAUUAUCUGCAAGAAAUAUGAAAGAUGUAUGUGAAAAUAAAUAUGUUAAACUAGCUUCAACAAUGGGUAUUAUGAAUCCUCAACUUCAACAAGCAAUUAAUUUACUUGGUUGUAAUGCCCCUAAUCGAAAGCAUGGUAGUGAUAAGUCUAAAGAUAAAUAUGGUUCACUUACCACAACUCCUGCUUACGAUACAGAUGUAGAUAAUGAAGAUGGACCAGAACCAACCGACAAUCAAGAUGAUGAUAAAAAUGAUGAAGAAACUGUAGCAAGUGGUUUUCCACCUGAACAACAUUCAAAAUUACAACAAUUGAUGAAUAUAGCACGUGGUGAAAAAGGUGCUAAACGUAAUUUUAUUAAAGGUCUUUUUGGUUUAAAUAAAAAAGAUCAAUCAUUUAAAAAAGGUCAAAAAUUACCAUCAUCAUCAUACAAAUUGGAUAAAGAUGAUGCUAAUGCAAUGAAAGAUCUUGAACAUGAAAUCGAAGAUUUUAAUAAAUCGAUUAAUUAA